CAACACCUGCACCAGGCAGAGCACACUCCGCAUCUUAGACCACGCCGGUCUGGCCCCGUUUCAAUUAAGCCCAAAGAAAAAAGAAAAAGACGAAAAUGCUAACCUCCGGCCUAACCAACGCCCCCAUCACCAAACUCCUCCUCAUCUACACCAUCGCCUCCUCCAUCGCCUUCUCCAUCUUCGACAUCAAACACCUCGCCAGCAUCCGCGUCUCCCCGCACCUCUGGCCCUACGCGCAGUUCUGGCGCCUCGCAACAUGGCAACUCGCCGGCUUCGCCAAUUCAACCGAGGCCCUCUUCGCCGCCAUGCUCGCCUACCAUCUCCGCGUUGUUGAGCGCGCAUGGGGAAGCGCAAGUUCGCAGAAGACAUUCAUCCUCUCCACAUUACCAUAUACCUCCCUCCUCCCGCCGCUCCUCCUCGUCCUCCUCCGCCCGCUUACACUUUACAAAAUGAACUAUCUCCCCUGCGGACCGACGGCUACGCUUUUUGCAUUGCUGGCGCAGUAUCAUGCGGGGAUUCCGCAUACGUUUCGGUAUAGGAUCAGCACCAGCACCAGCACCAGCACCAGCACAUCUACGACUACGACUCCGGGCUCGAAUACGAAUACGAAUACGAAUACGAAUGAUAGAGGAGAAGGGGGCCAGGGACAAGGGAAAUACCUCACGCUCCUCCUGUCCGACAAGUCAACUACGUACUUGGUUGCGGCGCAGCUGGCUCUGUCGCAGUUUCCUGGCAUGAUGCUCCCCGCGGCGGGGGCAGAAGGCGGGGAGCGAUAUGAGGAUUUGAGGAGGAGGUUGGAGGGUGAGGCUGUUGCUGCGGCGGCGGCGAGUGGGAAUGCCGGUGUUGGGCUGGGGAGUGAGGCUUCCGGGCAGAGACAGCGGAGGAGAGAGGGAGGGAUUAUGGAUAGAUUGAGGGCGUUGUAA